GCAGUGUGGUAACCCUACGCAGCUGUGUGUCACAUUUGACUUUUACAAGGGUAUUUACACAGCAACCAGUAACCAAAACAACAUCGGAAUAAAAACUAAACAAAAACUUUAGAAAAUAGCAGGGAAAAAUUAGUUUUUUCAUCAAAUCCACACGAUGAGAGAUCCACCCAAAACGUUGGGCAUUACUUUCAAUGCACCAGAAAGUGGUCUCAAUUCUGGAGCACCAUCAACAUCGGGAAGACACAACAGUUUGGAAGAUAUUAAUUUGGAUUCAUUUCUAAAGACAUCCAAUUAUGAAGAUACUGUCAAACAAUUGGAUAUUUAUUAUGGAAUUGUUAAAAGACAGCUGUUGCGCUUCCAAAGUCCCAUUAAUGGCCUCUUUCCGGUGAUGAGCAUCGAUCAUGAGGUGGGCAGUGUACGUGAUAGUGUUUAUUGUGCUGCUGCUGUGUGGAGUUUAUAUCAAGCCUAUCGUCGUAUUGAUGAUGAUCGUGGUAAAUCCUAUGAACUAGGCCAGUCCACCGUGAAAUGUAUGCGUGGCAUAUUGGAAUGUUGGAUAAAACAAGCAUCACGUGUUGAACUCUUCAAACAGCGACAAUCAAAUCAACAUGCCUUGCAUAGUAAAUUUCAUUUGCACACUGGUGAAAUAAUCUAUUCGGAUGAUUUGUAUAAUCAUUUGCAAAUUGAUGUGGUAUCGCUGUAUUUGAUAUUUUUGGUGCAGAUGAUAACAUCGGGAUUGCAAAUUAUAUAUACACAGGAUGAAGUUGCUUUUAUCCAAAAUUUAGUCUACUAUGUGGAGCGUGCUUAUCGCACACCCGACUUUGGCAUGUGGGAACGUGGCUCGAAGUAUAAUAAUGGCACACCUGAAAUUCAUGCCUCCUCAAUUGGCAUGGCCAAAUCGGCUUUGGAAGCCAUCAAUGGUUGCAAUUUGUUUGGCGAAAAAGGUGCUUCGUGGAGUGUAGUCUAUGUAGACAUCGAUGCUCACAAUCGUAAUCGGAGUAUUUUCGAAACAAUGUUGCCAAGAGAAUCGAGUAGUAAGGGUGUUGAUGCAUCUCUCCUCUUAACCUUGUCCUUCCCAGCUUUUGCCUCACACGAAGAACGUUUGGUGGAGCAGACAAAAAAUAAUGUCAUCAAUCGUUUACGGUGCAAAAGGGGAUUCAAGCGAUUUUCUCGCGAUGGUUUCCUCAGCAAAAAUGAAGACAAAACAAGGAGAUAUUACCACACUGGUGAAAUCAAAGAAUUCGAGGGCUAUGAAUGUGAAUGGCCCAUGUUUUUCAUAGCCAUGAUAAUUGAUGGUGUUUUCAAGAAUAAUACCGAACAAAUUGAGGAAUAUCAAAAUGAGCUGAGGCCUUGUCUCUAUGUUGAUGCCCACGGUGAUCCGGUGGUGACAAUGUAUUAUGCCCCCGAUGGUGAGGGGUCUUAUGUGAAAGCUCCUUCCCAAUCGCUAUUCUUGUGGGGUCAAUCCAUGUUUAUAAUAGCUCAGUUGCUAACUGGGGGUCUUUUGCAUAUUAACGAAUUGGAUCCCAUACGCCGUUAUUUGCCCAGCUAUAAUAGACCACGUCGUGCCGGACGUUACUCGGCUUUCCAGGGAAAAGCCUUCGAUGAGAAACACAACGCAAAACCUGGCACUACAUCUAGAGUUCCUUUUAUAGGGGAUAAUAAUAAGAAUGAGGGUACAGCUACAGAUUUAGUAGUGCAAAUUGUAUUGAUUGCCGAGUCAAUGCGUCUGCAGGCAAUGAUGGCAACCUAUGGUAUUCAAACUCAAACACCUCAUGAGGUUGAGCCCGUACAAAUUUGGUCUUCCACGGAGUUGAUUAAAGUCUAUCAACAUUUAGGUGUUAAUAAAAAAGUUGGCCUCUCUGGUCGUCCACCUCGACCGGUGGGUUCUUUGGGCACCAGCAAAGUGUAUCGUAUUUGUGGCAUGACGGUGUUGUGUUAUCCCUUGAUAUUUGAAGUAUCUGAUUUUUAUUUAUAUCGUGAUAUGGCUCUACUAAUCGAUGAUAUUAAAACUGAGCUACAAUUUGUUGGUAAAUAUUGGCGUUUGUCGGGUCGACCAACUGUCUGUUUGCUUAUACGUGAGGAGCAUAUGCGUGAUCCCCAAUUUAAGGAAAUGCUUGAUUUGCUGGCCAUGCUGAAGAAGGGCUAUUGUGAUGGCAUGAAAGUUCGCAUUGGCCGUUUGCAGAAUUUAAUUAGUAGCUCGUGUAUGGAACAUUUGGAUUUCAUCAAUCAGAGCGAUUUGUCGGAUAAGGAGAAUGCCUUUGCCCAAAUAAAUCAUGAAUAUAUAGGUUAUCAAUCAUUGACCGAUGUGCCAAAAGCUCAAACGUAUGUGGAAGAGAAAAUAUCUGUGGAGCACUAUAACCACAAACCCACACAUGAAAUCAUUGAUGCCCUGCGCAGCACGGAAUCCGUUUAUUGUCUUUGUCAAUUAUGGGGUAUCAUAUUGAAUCGAGAAGGUCCUCAUUUCGAAGUGAAUGGGCUGUCAGUAAUACAAGCUUUACAACAAUUAUAUCAUCGUGCCGGGUCUUUACGUUAUUGGCGUGCUGUACGUUAUUGUUCAUCACUUCUACACCAUAUUGUUGAUUCAAUAAGUCCUUUCAUUACAACCGUCCUGGUUAAUGGUAAAGAAUUGACAGUGGGUGUUAUUGGGCAAAAAGAAACAGUGUUCGAUAAGCCAAUGACUCCAGCGGAGAUCCAGGAAGUUAUGUAUAAAACUGUACAACCCUAUAAUGUUGUACAAGCCGUACUGCAACAGGAGGUGGUGUUGUACUGUGGCCGUUUGAUCGCAACAAAUCCCACCAUGUUCCGUGGUAUUUUGAAGAUACGUAUUGGUUGGGUAUUGGAAGCCAUGCGUCUAUACUUGCAAAUGUCUGGUCAGGAAUCAAUUGAUUUGGAAAAUUUAUCACCUUUCCAAGUGCGUAUACUAUUGCAAAAGGUCUUGACUGUUAGCGAAUGGGCUGCUGAAGAAAGACUUACAACCCUGCAACGUCGCCAAUUGGAGGGCUGCUUGUGUCGCGUACCCAAACAUUUCUACAAUAAAAUAUGGGAAAUUCUAAUGCGAACACCCUUGGGCAUUACAACACAAGGUCACUUGUUGCCAGCCACACCGACCUUAAUCAAUAUGAGUCGAGGCGAAUUGAAUUUCUCACUUUUGGUUGAGGAGACCUUAAUAUGCAUAGAGAAACCUGAAAGGCGACAAAUUACCGUGGAAUUAUUGUGUAUUAUAGCAACAAUUCUAAAUAGAAAUCCUGAAUUACAUUUUAAACAAGCUUUGGAUUUGGAUGAAAUUCUAAUGGAGGCAUUCUUAAUGUAUUGCAAGGACAACAAUAUCCAUGACCACCACAAUGAUAUGACACCAUUCUAUUCAUUGAUCUAUAACGUAACCACCGGCUAUUUAGCCCGAGCUGCUGUUAACAAAGUCUUACAAGGCGGUGCCUUUUCGACGCAAGAUGAAGAUUUUAAUGGCGAUAAUUUACAUGAUGAAACCUGUAAAGUUUCUUAGGUUAGAGGAGACUAUAUUUUUGGAAUUUGUUUUGUUUGCUGAGACUCCCACUCGUCGACCAAUUGUUGCCACGUUUUUUGUGUGUUUUUCUUCCAAACAAUUUGGUUUUACACUUUAUUGGUUUUCGUUGUUUAUGUAAGCCAUAAAUUGUUUUCCUUGUUUUUCCUUUAUUAUUUUUUUUUUACAUGACAAAAGUGCUCUCCUGUUUUUAUUGUUAUUUAUAGUUUUAUAAUUUAAUUUUUCAAAAAUUAAUUUUAAUUUUAUUUUAGAAAUAUAGUUCCUUUUAUGUUUAGAAGAUUAUAGACUAUUGUCCAAAAUUAUUAACAAUGUACUCGAAAGAAUUUAUAUUUAAAAAAAGCACAACAUUUUAUUGUAUAUGUAUAUGAGUAUAUUGUUCUAUA